AUGGCCGUCGCAAAUUUCUGCGCCUUAAAGUCUACCAAGACGUUCCUCCCUCCACCAAAUGAUGAUCAUUGUCCUCGACCACGAGUUAGGUCUGGCGAUAUAUGCGUUGGUUGUAUUGUUUGGUUACCUUCAGAUGGGCGUGACAAGAAUAUUAAAUGCUGCAAAAGAAAUUGUUGUGGAAAAGGACUUGGAGAAGAUGGAUACGAUAGUCCGGUUGUAGUUCUCAAAAUUCGGCAGAGAAAAGGCUCAAGUAUACGCGGAGACCUCAUUUGCUACGUCGCUACCAUUACCACUUUCAGCGAUAUGAAUCUAGAGAACUAUCUAUCGAGUUGUCCGCACAACUCGGAAUUUCAACAAUCAUUACCCAUCAGUCCAAUUGAUCAAGAUAGUUGCGUCGAAAGCACACCCUCUUGGCUCCUUCGUCUCCAAAAAGGCGCCCUCAAUAAACAAUCCUACAUCAGUCUCGCUCACAUCUUUAAAGUCCCCGCCAGCAGCCUAUCCAUCUUCGGUUUCCGCAGCCAAAGAGCCUAUAAACUUCGCCUAUCAGCCACAAGUUACAAUAUCUUAAUGGCGGAAAUAGGUCUACGAAAUGAACCGUAUGAAGAAACAGCAUAUCUCUACAAAACCGCACGAGCUCGUCUCGAAGCACUAGCUUCCCCAAACCGCCAAAUCUCAGCCUCAACUCCCAAAAUACCACAAGUGACCUUCAUAUCCCUAGACGAAAUAGAUGUCGAAAAGAAGAAAUACCCCACCACACCCUUUCCGAUCUGCGCACAUGACGUCCCUCACUCUAAACCUGCUCCCGCAUCACCACUUCUUCCAUUAGGAGAACGCAGGAAUGUCAAAUUUACCCUGAAUGACAUACCGAAAUCGAAGAGUUUCCUUAAUGUGCCCCGCAUGGCUAGUUAUGGAACAAUUAAUAACCAGCACCUGCUAACUCCGUAUCCGAAUGCGCCGCCAACUCCAUUGACAGCUCGUUAUCAUUCUUUUAGGCCGUUUGUGGAUCAUGGAUGGAGACAGGUGGCGUUGAAGUUUUUGGUUGGGUGUUUGAGUUUGGGGGCGAUGGUUGGGGCGUUCAAAAUGGUGUGGUCGGAGAAAAUAUUUCCGAAGGCUUGGUGA